GAAGUUUCCGUCUGAGCUUUGAGACAGUAGGAAGAAAAGUUUUGCCAAGAGCCUUGCUGAUUUUAAUCUUUAGAUGUUGGCUGUCAGGAUUUAUCUGUGCCUCCAGUACCUCUCUGUUCCUAUGCGAGCACAGCCUUGGAAUCUAGCAGUAAACUAAUUUUUCUUCCACUGCUUGGUGCAGUGACCAAAACCUGGUAGAGGGGGAUUGCAGUGGGGUCUCUUGUGAGGAUUAAGCGCCCUUUCCACUAGCCUGGGACGCCUUCCGUGUUACAGAAUCUGCCUUCAGGUCCAGGGAUUUCCUCUAAUAUGUUGGAUAAAGCCAAGACACUCCAGCCUGCCUAUGUCGGGAUUGUGCCGCUUGCAGAGACUGUGUCAAAGCAAGGGAAGAGCUGUUCAAGCACAUAUCAGGAUUCAUACCACAGCUUACGAGAAGUGCUGCAGUUGAAGCUCCAGCAGCGACGCACACGGGAGGAGCUGGUGAGCCAAGGGAUCAUGCCGCCUCUGAAAAGUCCAGCUGCAUUUCAUGAACAAAGAAGGAGUUUGGAGCGGGCCAGGACAGAGGACUAUUUGAAACGGAAAAUCCGGUCCCGGCCAGAGAGAUCAGAGCUGGUUAGAAUGCACAUUCUGGAAGAGACCUCAGCUGAACCCUCCUUGCAGGCUAAGCAGCUGAAGCUAAAGAGAGCCAGACUGGCAGAUGACCUUAAUGAGAAGAUUGCGCAGAGGCCAGGUCCCAUGGAGCUGGUGGAGAAGAAUAUCUUGCCUGUGGAAUCAAGCCUGAAGGAAGCCAUUAUUGUUGGACAGGUGAACUACCCAAAGGUUGCAGACAAUUCCUCCUUUGAUGAGGACAGCAGUGAUGCCCUCUCCCCAGAACAGCCAGCCAGCCAUGAGUCCCAGGGGUCUGUCCCUUCACCGAUGGACUCCCGGAUUUGUGAGCCUCUCCCUAGCACCACUGGCACAUCACUAGCUCAGGGUACAUCCCAAUUGCAGAUUAGCGCAGACUCCAGUGAAACGCUUUUCCUACCUGAACAGCCACCCCCACCUUUGCCACCUCCACCUCUUCUGCCCCCCAAUCUUACCAACGGAGUGGCUCUUACUGCUUCCAAGCCCCCACCAACACUCAUUAAGCAAAGCCAGCCUAAGUCUGCUAGUGAGAAGUCUCAGCGCAGUAAGAAAGCCAAGGAGUUGAAGCCGAAAGUCAAGAAGCUUAAAUAUCAUCAGUAUAUUCCCCCGGACCAAAAGCAGGACAAGGGAGCUCCUCCCAUGGAUUCAUCCUAUGCCAAAAUACUGCAGCAGCAGCAGCUCUUUCUUCAGCUUCAGAUCCUCAACCAGCAGCAGCAGCAGCACUACAACUAUCAGACCAUCCUGCCAGCCCCACCAAAGCCUCCAGGAGAGCAGCAAAGUGGUGCCAGUGCCCCUGCUGUACGCAAUCUCUCUGCCACAGUCAGCAGUGCAUCUUCAGUAUCCUCGGGUUCCAGUGGGCUGAUGCGACAGAACAGUAAUGCUGCAGUGGGCAAGCCUGGCCCUCUCCCUGCCAACCUCGAUGAGAUGAAGGUCGCAGAGCUGAAGCAAGAGCUGAAGUUGAGGGCCUUGCCUGUCUCAGGCACAAAGACGGACCUGAUUGAGCGUCUCAGAGCUUACCAAGAACAGAAUGGUGCAGCCAGCCAAACAACCCCCAAUCCCAAGCCCAGUACAGCAGCUGUGCUCCCAAAAGCUGCCGAAGUGGUGGUUGCCUUUCCAGCUGCCAGGCUGAGCACAGGGCCAGCUCUGGUCACCACUGGCAUUGCACCAGCAGAAGUAGUUGUGGCCACAGUCACCAGUGGUGGUGUGAUGAAGUUUGGCAGCACAGGUUCGACUCCUCCUGUUUCUCCAACUCCUUCUGAGCGCUCACAAAUGAGCACAGGGGAUGAGAACUCGGCCACCGGAGACACUUUUGGAGAGAUGGUGACUUCACCCCUCACCCAGCUCACCUUGCAGGCAUCUCCAGUACAGUUCCUGGUUAAGGAAGAGAGCUCCAAAUCUUCCUCCUGCAGCGUAAAUGCAGCACCCCGGUCAGAGCGGUGCAGCACUUCUAACAGCAGAGAUGCAGAAGUUAGGGACAAAGACCAGAUGCUGCAGGAGAAGGACAAGCAGAUUGAGGAGCUCACCCGCAUGCUAAAGCAGAAGCAGCAGCUGGUUGAAAUGCUUAGACUUCAGCUGGAGCAGGAGAAGCGCUCUCAGCAGUCACUACCAGCCCCAGCGGCUGUGGGAGAAGGAACAGCCCUUGCCUCCAACCCAGGAGCAUUUGGCAUCCAGGUCAAGAGUGAAAACGGUUUCCUGAGUUGCCAGUCUGCGAAGCAAUCCAGUGGCCAAACAGACCAAUUCAGCCCUGCACCAACCGCUAGCCAAAUGGACACUUCAAAUCCAAGCCCAGUGCCAAAGAAAGCCGUGAUGGUGAAGCAGGAGGUGCCAGCUGCGGAAGCAGAGCCGCCGUGCCAGUCCCACAGCCCGCGGCUUUUCCUUGGCCAGCAAGCGAGCACCCUAAGCGACCUCAUCAAGGGCACCCCUCCCCCCACCCUCAUCACCGACUCCACAGGGACCCACAUCGUCCUCACCGUGACCAAGCAGAGCGCCGAGAGGCAGGGCCUCUCACCCCACGGGAAGGCAGGGAGUAGCUGCCCGACCUUGCAGAGAGUACAAUCAUCGCCCGCUAAAACUUCCAGCCAACCACCGUGUCAGCUACCUGCCAGCACCCCUCCGCAGCCUGCACAGCAGCAGAAGCAGCAGCCCACACAGCAGCAGAAGCAGCAGCCCCUGCAGCAGCAGCAGCAGCCAAGAGGACUAAACCAGUCUGUCAGAAAGCCCUCAUCGCAGCCCAGCUCUCCUGCUGCCCGUUCUCCAUCCCAGAUGGACCUGGAGCAGCAACAGCACACGUCGCUUUUUGGAACUCCUCCACCUCCUCUCCCUGUUCCCGCGGUCCCAGUGAAAGAGCCACCAGGCUAUGAAGAGGCCAUGAAGCAACAGCCAAAGGCUCAGGAGAAUGGCUGCUCCAGCCAGCAGAUGGAUGACCUGUUUGACAUUCUCAUCGAAAGUGGAGAGAUUUCUGCUGACUUCAAGGAUCAGUCAUCCCCAGCGGGGAAGGAACCACCUGUGGCCCCAGCCUGCUCCUCACCGCCCAGCAGCCACCAAUCCUCAGAGCUGGCGGUACCAGUGUCCUUGGGGCAGCCAGUGCCUGUGGGCCGGCUGGAGGACUUCCUGGAGAGCAGCACUGGCCUCCCGCUGCUGACGGCAGGACACGAUGGGCCAGAGCCUCUGUCCCUGAUUGAUGACCUCCACAGUGAGAUGCUGAGCAGCUCAGCCAUCCUGGACCACCCGCCUUCACCUAUGGACACCUCGGAAUUGCACUUUGCUCACGAGCCAUCUGGGGGCAUAACCCUGGAUCUGGCUGAGGCUAACUUGGACAGCAUGGACUGGCUGGAGCUGCCAGGGGGUCCCGUCAUGAGCCUGGCUCCUCUUAGCACUGCGGCUCCCAGUCUCUUUUCCACAGACUUCCUUGAUGGACAUGAUCUGCAGCUGCACUGGGAUUCUUGCUUGUAACUCUGUGAGCAGAGACUGAAGGGAAUUGGAGUGGGAGGGCAGGGCAUGCAGGGGGAAGAGGCCAAUCAACCAAAAAAAAGGAAAAAGAAAUGAGCUCCUAGUAUUUGUACUCCUCCCCCAAGAGCGUCCUUCCUGCAUGAAGCCGGCAAUGGUGGCAAAGGCAGACCUGCCAGCUGAGUCACUGCUGCUGCAGGGAAGAAGAGGCUGCAGGAGCUCUGGGGCUGGUGGCCUCCGGCCCCCUCAGUGCAGCCUGAUCCAGCUUAGGAGAGAACAGAGCCGGCAGCCCCUCUUCCUCCAGGCGGGAGCAGCGAUGGCAGCACAUGGGGUGCAGUGCUGCUGAGCAAGAUUUCCCUCACACCUUGCAGUGGGACAUCGCAUGACUGGGCCUGAGCCAUUUCCAGAAGCAGCACCCCACACAUUGCUGGGAUGGGCAGACCAAGGGGGCUGCACUGCCCCAGCACAGUUGGUGUAACGGUUACAGAAGAGGAUUCUACCUCCGGAUGAGGAUAUAAAGGCAGGAGUGCUGGCGAGGGGCCCGGAAUGGCUGCCCUCUGCACUGCUGUCUGUCAGGGAAGGGUCUGAUCUGCAGGGCUGCGAGAAGCUGGGCAGAACAGGCAGCUUUUCCCUGUGUAGCCAAAGGGAACCAGGGUUCCCCACCAACCUGGUAAUGUCUAAGCUGGUUUCCCAAAUAUUGCUGAGCUUGGCAGAGGCCUGCCUGCUUGCUUCAUUUGCUUUGGGCUGCAAAACAGAUUUCUAAGGUGCUAAAAUCCAGGUCCUUGUAUGUUAAAUCUGUCCUUUGCUGCCCCAGACCUCUGGCUGUGCCUGGAGUGUGGCUUUCAGGCGCACCCCAUCCCAUUCCUCCCAGCUUCCACAGCACUCGUGACAGCCCCAGGUGAGCAGGGUGGUCAGCCUGUGGUGGGGAUAAGGGAUACAGAAGUGUCUCUGUAUCUCAGGGAGUGUGAGGGGCACAGCUAGCAACAAGCAACAUAUCAUUAGGGGCCAUGUGCAAUGUGUCUCCUGCCUUCAGCUGUGCUGGUGCCUCCCUGUAGUAGGUAUCCCAGUGGAAAGCAGCAGCUGGGGAUGUUGGACCCAACAGGCAAGGAAGGGGAAGCGGCAUUGCAAACUGGGUGUUGGUUCUAGCUCAGCGGUGUGAGUGGGAGGGCCCUGUUCUGGGGAGAAGUGGGACUGUGAAGGCAAGGAAUGGGCAGCUGACCAUUUUCUUCCCUCCAUGGAGUCCCACGGGGUAAAAGGCAAAAGCAAGUGGCUGCUUGCUGUGAGCUGCUGCCAUGUCUAGCCAGUGGCUGUCAUGCGGGGUGCUGGGCUGGUGCCUCGGUGGCUGCUGACUGAUGAGUGGGCUGAGUAUCCCAAGCCCCAAAUGCCACGAUGAUGCUUUUCCUUGUGCAGGGUUUUGCAUUGGAAAUGCAGGCCUGUGGCGCGCUCAUGCUUUUACUCCGGUCCCUUUUGAAUUCCCGUGUUCGUUAGCAGCACCUCACGGCCAUGGUCACCAGCCAGCCUGGCUAUGCCCCAAAGGGCAUCUCGCCACAUGCCUGUCCCUGCUUUGGCCGUGAGCUGGGCCAAGGCUGCUUGGGUUGAGGGAGGUGGGUUAUGAAAUCCUACGGACUAAGGUGCUGAUCCCGCUCAGGCGAUGGAAGGAUAAACUGCCAUCUUUUUUACUAUCAUCUCGAGGAUGCUCUCCCUGCCUCUCCCCUGCCCUGGAGGGGCUGCCUGCUGGAGAGGGGUAGGUGGAGGAGCACGUGCUGCUUCCCUGCCCCUUUGGUACCUAGUGCUUCUCUCAGGGGUGGCUUUGCCACAGGGGUGCAGGUACCUCUGCUCUGUGGUGGGGCAGGUGAAUGCCAGCCCUGCAUGGUCUGCUGUCCGUCAGCCACUAAACUCCCAGCUAGGUGGGGUCAUGCCUAUUUUGCAGCUGGGAGAAACUCCUGCUUUCCUGAGCCCUGUUUGCUUGUAACUGCAUGGGGAGACACUUUAUCAUUUGCGGGAGGGGGCCUGCUGGCAGCUUCCUUCCUUUCUGCCCCCUUUUCUCUGCCCCCAGUCGUAAGCAAGUCAGAAGCUCUUAUCUGCUUUCCUCAGUGUCUUGGUUGGAGUAAGAGGAUAAAUUUCCCCCUCUGCCCCAGCUUUUGGUUGCCCAAGCUACAGUGUCCUGUCUGAAAAAAAUCAGAAUAACUGAGACUGGUGGACACUCCCUGAGCCCUCUGUCCCUUUCCUCCUGGUGCAGCUCUCAUGCUCACUGGAAGCAAUGAGCGCAUCAGCAGUCGCCUUACAGAGCUCUCCCAGGACAGCUGCCCAGCCCUGGGAGCAGGUGGGCACAGGAGGCCAGUGGUUUCUUAGGAGGAAAAGAUGUGGGGAGUGGGAGGCUCUUUCAAAUGCUUAAGGGAAAGCGUGAGGCUGCUUGUGUGUCAAACACUAGCAAAAUCAGCUUCUUUUAGCCCACAGUGAGCAGUAGCUUCCACAAAAAAAACCCCAAAGAGCUGUGUGAUUUCUUGUGUACAAAUAAUUACAAAGCUGCAACCAGUGAGUAAAGAAUGAAAUUACCCAAGUGCAAUGAGCAUCUAGAGGAAGGUGGGAGCAUUCCACCUGCACUCCUGGCCUCACCCAGCCAUGGUUCCUCUUCUCCCUGGGCCAGGCAUCCCUACUCCUUGUCGGCAGAGAGAUGCCAGUGCCUAUUACUGAUUUAGCCCUUCCCCAGGGUUGCUGGUGAAAGGCUGAGCUCACAGCUGCUCUCUUUCACCUUUACCCACCGCCUUCAUUUGUGAAACUAUAGGAAUUUAAUUACAUUAAAUUUGCCCAACAUACUUGAAAGUGGCCCUGAAGGAGCCCAGACCAUAGAGAACCAUGAGCUUCCCCUCACGUGGAACCCAGCCAACCUGCCAGAGCCCCUCUGCACAAGGGGCUCCUGCCCAGAGAGCGCCCGAUAACCUCCUGAUAACCCUGUGCCCAGGGCAGAGGGGAAGAAGGUGCCUCAUCCCAGGAAAUGCUAACACGUCUUUUCCCCAGGCAGUGCCCAGAGCAAGGCUAGCCCAGUUCUCUGCUUUCUUACUAUUAUUUGUUUGAAUAAUAGUUCAGUAGUUCUUUGUCGGAAGAAAUAUUCCCCUGGACAUACAUUUUUGCACCCAUUGGGAAAAAAAAAAACCAACAAAGUCUGAUGUUCUGCCUCUACCUUGAAUGUAAUCCUGAAUCUUUCUGCUGUAACCACUACUUGUUUGUAAUGUGUAUUUGACUAGCACGCACUCUCCCUUCCACUAUGCAGCAAACGGUGAGGGGUGAUCAGCACCGUCCGAGACGGAUGGUGUUGGGGUAUCGGAUCCAGAGCAAGUAUUCAACUGGAAAAGGAUAAAAGUGACAAGUUAACGGGGGAGAGAAUGGAUCUUUAAAUUGAAUUAUUUUUUCAGUUACAAAUAUUUGAGAAAAAAAAAAUA